AUGAACGAACAAGUCGAUUAUGAUGUUUCCCUCCUUGAAUCCAUUGAUAAUUACCUUCUUAAUGAUUGUUCUGAAAAUUUAUAUGAUGAUCAUAAGCCAGUUGGUUUUCCGGUGAUCGGUUCUAAUGACUUGAAAUAUCCAGACAUGUUGUCCGAGUUCGAAUCGAACUUUGGCUUCUUACAGGGCGAUAUUAGUGACGAUAUCUUUCCCUUUCCUUGGUCUUCUAAUACUAACGACGCCCCACAAAUAUAUCCAGAAUAUUCAGUAGAUAUUCCAGUCAUCGAGAAUGAUGUUUCCACUACGUGUUUACCUUCAAUGGAGGCCAUGACUAGCAUGCCUCUAAAUUUGGAUUUCUCAACAGGAAACUGCUCGGUGGCGUAUGGUGUCCAGGAAUAUAAUUCUGGUGAGUUGAAGAAAACUGAAGAUCAUUCUGUGCCUAAAAGGAAAUACCGAGGAGUAAGGAAGCGGCAGUGGGGGAAGUUCACGGCGGAGAUGAGAAACCCGGAGAAAAAGGGAGAGAGAUUAUGGCUUGGAACGUAUGAUACACCGGUGGAGGCAGCCAUGGCCUAUGAUCGAGCCGCUUUUAAGCACCGUGGGUCUCAUGCUAUGCUUAACUUUCCGCAUUUGAUCGAGUCACAUUACGAGAUUUUACAAAAAUAUAUUAAGAAAAAGCGUUCAAGAUCAGCUUCCACGUCUUCUUCGUCGCCGGAUUCCUCAAAAUACUGUAGCCAAGGAAAAAGAUGA